GCGUGCGGUAGCCAAUUCGAGCCAACGACUCGAUUAUCGUUUUGAGUCUAACAGAGACAGAGUUUCUGUGUACGUGGGUGUAUGUGCGUGCUUUGAAGCGCACGGUUUCACAAGUGUACUGGAGGCGAUUUGCGCCGUCGAAAAUGUAAAUAUUAAACAACAGUCAAAACAACAACAACAUUAACUAGUGCGAACACAAAGUGUUACGUUCUAUAUUUAUUAAACAACAACAACAACAAUUGUAACACUAGCAGCAGAAGCCAGUUGAAUUUGUGCCAAAUUUUAUUCAGUGUGUGUUUACAGUUCAACGUGCGUGUGUGUUGGUGCUUUUAUUUUACCAGCUCGCAGUCGCACACACAAACGAACAAACAAAUACAUACAGAGAGUAACACAGAUUUCUUGUGUGCUUUGUCAUAGUGAAAUUGCAGCUGCCGCUUGUUUGCUUGCUUUUUGUCUACAAGUUUUUGUUGCUGCCAAAGUCACCGUUAUAAAAUAGUGCACAAAAUGUCACUGCAGAGCGUCGCAUCGUUGCAGUUUUGGUUAGUCAUCCUUUUGGGGUUAAGCCACUUUGGCACGCGUACCGAGGCACGUGCGGUCAAUGUCAGCAACACUUGGACCAUGCCGCAGGAGGGACUCAACGUCUUCUAUCGCUUCUUCCGCGAUCGAAUAUCUUGGUUUGAGGCUGAUGCUGUUUGCCAAUUUCAUCACGCCAAUCUGGUCACCGUCGACAACAGCUUCCAAUUUGAUGCAACCAGAGAUCUACUCCGUGAGCUUGAUGUGAAUGACAUUGUUUGGAUUGGUUUAAUGAGACCGCAAAGUUCGGACCGUUUUAUGUGGUCCAAUUCCCGUCCACUGGUCACCGACACUGGCUACUGGGCUGAAUCGCUGCCACUAAUGGAUGCACCACUAUGCGCCGUUAUCGAUCCCAUACGCGAUUAUCGCUGGCAUGCGUUGCGUUGCGGCGGACCCGAGACCGCAUCGUUCCUCUGCGAAAUGCCGGUGCCUUCUUGGGCAGAUUCUUGCAUACUCAAGGAUAUGCCGAAUCUCACCAUGCAGUAUAUGGCCGACACUGCAAGCAUUGAGCUGAUACGUAACUGCGCCGAGGAAGGUCUGCUGAAGCAGUCAUGCAAGGGGAAACAGGACCGCGAUCGUGCACUACGCGAACUGAUCUGUCCACGAGAGCGUCUCGAAGCGCAACGCAUCAAUGACAUAACCAAUUCUCACUUCAAAUCGCUGCAAAUAAUCAACAGUAUACGCACAGACAACAACGAGAAUAAUGAUAUUGAACUCCUACCGCUUGGAGAAACAUCUUACGGCUCUGCCAGCAGCAGCGACAUCUCUGAACAAGUGCCAACGGAAAAGAAUACCGUACAGCGUCUGAUCGAACAAUUCAAUGUUGACGAUCUGAUGCAGGCCGAUGAGGCGGCAGUGCCAAUGAACAUUUAUCACAUACCCGGUGAGAUACCCAAACCAGUGAAGAAAGCCGCAAAGAAAGUGAUCAUAACAAAUGGUGGGGAUUAUCAAAAGAAGAUUCGUGCACAGAAGUAUGAUGAGAGCAGCAUUCAGUUGCCACCACCAACACCAAAACCAAAGAAGCAACAACAGUUGUUGGCACUGGAAGAUAUGAUGAUGGGCGAUCAGCCACAACAAAGCGGCGAACCUGAAAUGUUGGAGCAUAUGGGGCCUGAAGAUGAUGAAGUUUCGAACGAAAUAAUGGAACCGCUGCCACACAAAAAGAAGGUGUUACCACAGGAUUUGCGAACAAUGACACCCAUAACCGAGAAGUCUUCGGAGGAGAUGAUAAGCAGAGAAAAACCAGCAAACAUGGCUGAGAGAAUGCCAACCAUUGAAACGACAUCAGCGCCAACUACCACUACCUCAAGUAGUACUACAUUGGCCCCCAUAACAACGACUACAACAACCAUUACCACCCCAACAACCUCUACAACAGCAGCACCGUCAACAAGUGCGGCUAGCAGUACUACAGCUCCAGACUUUGCUUCAUCCACAACCGCCACAGAAGUGAAAAUUUCGACAACAGAAACGACCCAAGAACCUGCCGCAGCUACCACUCUACAUGCUUCCAGUGCCACAUCUGCCCAUACAAUCGAGCCCAAGACUCUUACUCACUCUCCCUCCACAUCGUCCAGCAGCUCGGUAACAACACAUGCGGCACCUAAAUCCAUUGAUAUCGAAGAUACUGAAUCACUUUCGAAUAUCGGUCAUCCCAUGCAUCCACAACAGCAGCACGCCAAUGGUAAACUCGACGAGUUACCACACCCCCAUGUGAAGGAGUUGGCCGACAAUUCGCAUUUUAUACCGCCAAUGUUAUUGGUGAAGUCGCAUUAUGUACCCCCGCUGAAACACAAUGAACACGAACAUCACGGCGCAAGUUCGAUUGCGGGAUCCGCUGUUCAUGAUGGACGUGGAGAUAUGCACGUGACUUCAGGUAAACCAAUUGAGGGUUCAGUUCACUCCAGCAGCACAAGCAACUACACGCCCACAGCAACAACACACAGUCACACAAUGGCCGAGAAAAGUGCUGAAACUGACGUUGAGACGAUGACUACAAUAACGGUGACCGCCACAAUGGCAGCAAUAAAAGCGGCAACAACAAUAACAACAGUAACAGCACCAGCAGCAUUAGAGACAACCACCAACAUUGAUGGAUUGACAAGCGAGGCGAUCGAUAAAUCCACAGUACUGGUGCAGCAACAGCAACAACAAGACCAGCAGACGCCAGCUCAGCUAACCGCUAAGAUAAUUGACAGCACGAGUGCGGCAAAGACAAAUCAGCACCAACAGCAACAAAAACAACAACAGCAGCAAGGCAAUGACAAGCCGAAUAAUAUGAAGCGACAAGCGCAAGCUGCCAGCGAAGAAGACGAAAUUACGGAGAAAAUUGAAAAUGCCAAAGAAGUUGUUGUAGAGCGAACAACAACCGUAACAAAAGCAGAGGAAACAACAACAACUACAACAGCGCCAAUAACAACACUGGCUACCAAUGUUAACAAGCAGCAUGCAACAGCAACAGCCGAAACAAUAACAACUGUCAAAGCAUCAGCAACAACAACAACAAAUACGAAAGCUGAUGACAACGCUUCAAGACAUGAAAUUGAGAAGCCAGUAAAGCGGGGCCCACAAACAAAAGAAAUGUCCGUGCAGACAACUAAUGCCGGAACAGAAGAUCUGCUAGCAACCACAACAACAACAACUACUACUACUACAACAAGUAAGCCAACAACGGCGCAGACGGAUAAGUUGCACACAAUACAACACUCAACCGCAACACAAAAGCCACCGCAGCAAGAGCCAACCAAAACAACAACAGCAACAACAAUAGCCGAAGUCAUACUGCAAAACAAUGACAAUGCCGAGAAUGUACGUCCUUCAUCACAAUCAAUCUUGGCCACAGCUGAUGCCGCUACCAACGCUCCAAUUGCUUCCUCCGCAGCUUCCGCUUUCGCUUCCGCAGCAACCGUCACACCGUCAACACACACAAUUACAAUAACAACUGCAUGCAGCAGUGAUACAGAUUUAGACGCGACAACCGCCGACACCUUGGAUGCGAGCUCCACAACCGAAGAUGCCACCGCCGGCAAGAAGCUGACGCGUGUACAUCGCACUUGCCAGCCGCGCUUCGAGAAGACACAGACACACAAGGGCAAGCACACGAAGCAUCAUGCUGCACACACCAUUGAGCCACCGGCACCGACGCGCAACUUCAUGAAGGAGGAGACCGAGACGCCGCCCUACAAGCCCAAUCGCCAUCGCGUGCUGACCAAACCGGAAACUGUCAGCUAUUUCAAGAAGAUACUAGGUUAAGCGGACUAUGUGCGGUGAGUGAGCGAGUGCUGAGAGCGGGAUGGUCAUAUGAGGUAGCACAGGUACGAGGUAAGAAGGUUGAAGGGUUGAGUUCUCUCACAUGUGAGGCAAAACAAAAACAAAAGCAAGUCAAAUAUAUUAAUAUAUUUACUUAUAAAGCAGCGCUAAGUUUGUAGUUAAGAUUUAAAAAAAAAGUCGAACGCGGUCUAAGGCGGAUGUAAUAGUUGAUUGCGAGGAAUAGCAUAGCUUAGGCUGAGAAAACAUAAAGAAAAGUAGAGGCAGAUAAUAAUUGUUGCAAACGUCACGCAGCUUAACAACUCGGAUUUAAGUAAAAAAGUAAGCAGCUAAAGCAUAACAAAAAAGGGAAAAAAUUAUAGCAUGUCAAUUUGGGAGAUAAGAAAAUGGUUUAGGAGAUAUAAAUUGGUCACAACAGAACUCUUAAAGGUCAAAGGUACGUUCGGUGACCCGAGAGUUGUGCUCGUGUUUAAUAUUAAGGUCAUUAAAAUGCAUAAAUAUCAAGGGUGAGCAGGGUAUAAGCAGAAGGUUUACAUUGAUGUAUGUAGAUUUCGAUGAAGGCCAACAUAGUUGAAUAUCAUUGCAUAGGUUUACACAAACUACUACACAUUCACAGAAAUACCGAAAAAAACAAAAUAAAAAAAAGAAAUUUACAUACAAAUAAGCCAACACCAAAGCCAUGGAUAUGAUGUUAUACAUUUUUAAUGUUUUAUUAUUAAUAUAGAUUUACUAUAUAAGCCGAGAAAGUUAAAGCGUUUCAUAGUUCGUUCUACAGAUAACUAACUUUUCAUGCCAACGCCAUGCCAAGUAAUCUGCUGGGUAAGCUAUAGAUAAGCUUAGCUUGUAGUACGUAUAUUAAUCGGCACUGAGCUUUGAGUCGAAGUUUUCUUUAACAGGAGCUUAGAACUCUGUGAGGUACAAAUCAUAAGCAGUUCAAUGAGCUUCUUUCUUCCAUGUAAUCUACAAAACCGAGAAUAGACGAGUACUUGGCAGGAAUUUGUGGGUCACAAACCUUUAACCUACGUUUUUUGAUGUUUUUCCCAAAUGACCUUAAAACAUGAGCGCGUUUUCACUUAGCAACUAGGAAGGGUUAAGUCUACUAUAGGGAUACCGUAAUUUUCUAUUUUAAUUACUAGAAAUCUCAGCGUCUCUUACUCAAUAGACAGUUAUGACAAAAAUUAGUUAAAUACAGAUCAGUGGAUUAUGAACUAAGCCUGGCACUAUCUUACUUUUUUUGAUAUUUUGAAACUAUUUUUACUAACAGUUCUAUGCUUUUUAUCCAAAUGUAUGUACGUAAACUAAUAAUUGGAAAUGUGUUGGUAAAAUCGGUAUAGAUUUUUACCUGUGCUAAUUUACUCUCAAUUAGCCUUGACCCUAUUCCAAUCUUAAGUAUUGGUUUUCGAUUUGCCGACUCUCCCAUAAUGAACAUUCAUUUCGUCAUUUGACGCCAUCAUUCGCUAAAUCUUGUGAGGCCCCGGUCCUCUUUUCAUCGCUACAAUAUAGAGAACGUCUUUUACGUUGAUCGCUAAAAUUCAGAUUCCAAAGCUAAAAGGUGUUUUGUGUAGAUACGUGGUUUUCAAGAAGAAAUUAAACACAAAUAAUUUAGCAUUAUGGCCACGAAUUUAGCUUAAUUGUAAAGAUAAGGAUGUGCCAUUACAUUCUAAAAAUGAUUUCGGACAAUUUACUACCACAGCUGGCUCAAAUAAAUUACACCCUUAAGGCGAAAAUGUCAAUCAAUUAUUACAGCAACUGGUACCUUAUGUCAGUAAUAUUGCGAAAAGACUUUUUCGACUACCCAAUAUUAUAUUCUAAAACAUCAAUCUUUUCAAGCUUGUCUGCAGAGACAAGCAGCUUCACAAAACUCACGAGCGGCGAUCCUAUGGUGUUAAAUCGCACGAUACUGGAGUUCACGCCUCAACAAAAGUUGCCUGUUUCGUUGACUGUAGGCUAUGGCGUUCCUCAUUGACUGUAACAUUAUGGCCGGCUUGAUUUUUGAGGAGAUAUGACACUGAAACACACCAAACAGUGAUUUGAUGGUCGUUUGGUUUCAAUUUUGAACGAGUUGAGUUUUGUAAGUCCGCAAACCAAAAUGGUUCCACAAUGGUCGGACUGAUUUGCACUAGGUUAAAUGUGAUGUGAAACCGAUCCAUGGUUGUUUGAAUUACCGACUCUGAUGAGCAAUAAGUUAGACCGAAUAUUGAUAUACGAUGCGUCGCGAGAACCGAACGAUUAUUUUCGUAAUAAAUUUGCACGAUUGCAAACGUUCUUUCAAAGCACUUAAGUCUGUUUUUUAUGAAAUUAUAAAACGGAGUAAAUAUAUGGUAAAUCAAAAGUAACAGCAGUCAAAAAGACAAACUUUGUAAAAAGUAUUGCCUAACUGAACAUCACAUGUCUGAAAAAACUCCCGUUAGUACAUUAAUAAAAACUUUUCACCAUGAGCCAGUAGUUAUAAAGAAUCGCGACAUUAAGCGACAUUCGUUAGACAUUUUCGUGGCUUUAUAAAGUAAUAUUUAACCUCAAGAAAAACCUCUUGCAAUCUUUCUGAUUCUAAAUUGGAUAUCACGGUUGAAGUAUUUACCGAUGAUGUUCAUAGUUUUAAAAUCAACGAUUUUUCAGAGGACUAGACUAUGGAUUGUCGACAAAGAUGUCAAGAACUUGACAAGACUUAACAGCCAUUAGAAGGGAGAGUGUUUUAAGACGAGAAACCUUUGGUAAUUGAGAAUCUAGUAAAAUCGGACUUACAACAUUAGAUUUAACAAAUUCAGAGACAGAAAACCAGAUUAUUAGAGAUCGUUUUUGGAAUCAAAAUUGAAAUGGGUUCAUUAUCCCGUUCUCUUAACAGUUGAGUCCACGUAACCGGAACGGACCCGGAUUUUUAUCCGACCAAGGACUGUCAACUCAGUAGAGCUCUGCCGCUACAACACAAGAGCUAAUACUAUUGGAACAAGGA